AUACCCAAAAACCCAUUUCUCAUAAUGCCCUUUUUCCCUCUUCUUUCUUCUUCUUCUUCUUCUUCUUCUUCCAACAACAAAUCUCCUUCUUCCCAUCUCUCUGCCCUAACUACGCCAUGUUCGCCGAAUCCGUUUCUUCCACUCUCUCCAUAUGGACUUCCCUCAACAGCUGGUUCACUCCCACCGUUCUCUUCGUCGUUCUCAACCUCGUGAUCGGCACCAUUGCUAUUGCUUCCAACUUAGGCGGUUCUCAAAGACCUAAUCAACGCCAUCCUUCCGACCCCGACUACCCUCACUAUCUCCACAGAUCUCCUUCUGUGCUUCAGAGGUUGAAAUCCAUGAAUCCUUACGCUUAUAGAUCUGAAGAACCGGCUACUGUGUUCGAGAAACCGCCUGGAAUCGACGCUCAUUAUGCUAAUUAUGAACAUCCCCAACUUGCUCGGUCUCCUUCUAUGCUUCAACGCUUUAAGUUUAGCUUCCCAAGCUACAAACCGGAAGAAUCUUUUCAAUCUCCGCCCUCUGCGACUACCUUCGAGAAAGCGCAUGAAAUCGACACUCAUUCCGCAAAUUAUCAACAUCCGCAACUGGUUAGAUCUCCUUCUGUGCUUCAGCGGCUUAAGUUUAGUUUCUCGGGCUACAAACCGGAGGAAUCAUUCCAAUCUCCACCGCCAGUAACUCACGUCGAGAAACCGGCUGGAGGAGAUGCUCAUUAUUCUAAUUUCGAACAUCCGCAACUGGUUAGAUCUCCUUCUAUGCUUCAGCGGAUCAAGUUUAACUUCUAUGGUCAUAAUAAAGCGGAGGAGUCUUUCCAAUCUCCACCUCCAACUGUUUCUGAGGUUCAGAUCCGUCGGAAGGACGACGAAUCGAAACGGAUGGAGGAUGAGCAAACGGAUGGAGAUCAGGAACCGACAAUGGAUGAGGUUUUCAGUAAACUCCAUGGAGAUCACUUCAACAGGACGAAAUCCGACACUAUGCCGACUGCCGGUGAGUUUCCGACGAAAUUAUCAAAGAAAAUGAAGAAAUCAGCGAGUUCAAAAUCUACAUUCUCGCAUUUCGAAGCGGAUGACAUCGUGGAGAGCCGCCGUCCGGCGACGGUGAAAGAAGGAAGAGAGAAAAUAACAGAAAUAGAGGACGAAGUGGACGCCAGAGCCGAUGACUUCAUCAACAAAUUCAAGCAACAGUUGAAGUUGCAAAGGCUGGAAUCCAUUCUCAAGUACAAGGAGAUGGUCGGUAGAGGCAACGCAAAAUAGACAAGCCAGGUCAGUUUAUCACCCAACCAUAGUGAAGAAGGGAGUGAGGACGGGAAGGGGAGGGGGGUAGUUUAGUAAAUAGACGUUGCGUCUCAUAUUCGCACGUGGGGGAAAGCGGAAACCGUCCCUUCACAUUUACCCAUUUAAUUGUCAAAACGUAACAACAAUUUGUUUUUAUUGUUCAAUUUGGCAAUUGAAUAAUUAUGAAACAUUAGGGAAAUUUGAUUAAUUAAUUAAAUGUAGGGGAAGCCAAAGCAUAUGCUUAAUUGUGGUGGAAGCAACGUGUGUCAGAAAAAUGGAAAUUGAAACAGCCUGGCUUAGCUAAGCUUAGCUUAUAUAUUUGAGAUGCAUUUUUUUUUUCAUUUAACGAAUGAUAUGCCUAAAGGAAUGGAGAUUAUUCCAAAUCCAUUACUAAAGUUUUAAUGCUUCCAAAUCAUUUAUGUUUCGAUUAUAUUU